AUGAAGAAGGAGUUCCGCUCCGCUCCAGUAGACCUGCACCCGACUCUGAGACAUUCUGCUGACCACCAGUACUCGGAGACCAGCUUUCUUUAUAGCCGUCUACACACGCCAACAUCAAGACUCUAUGCAUAUAAGAUGGCACUGUAUGUAGUGGUUGCUGUGGCCCUGCUUGGCUCCUGUUGGGCAGCUCCUCCAGUUGAUUCUGAUCCGGCGAAUUAUGAUGUGGAUUUGGACAUGUGGGACCUAAACAACUAUGGAGAAACCUAUGAGUAUGAGGACUUGGAUGAGGAAGCUGGGAAUGCAGGGAUUUCGUUUGAAGUCGGGACCAUGGCUCCUCCUGCAACCAUUACUCAUCUACCUCCUGCAGUUAUUCCUGAAGACAAAACAGAGGAAGUGACACUUUUACCACAGACCACCAAGCCCACAGUCCAUCCUACUCUGGACUUCAAGGGCCCUGGACUUUUUGGCCCUGACACUGGCCUGGGGAUGCCCACCUGCCUGCUGUGUGUGUGCCUCAGCGGCAGUGUGUAUUGUGACGAUGCUGAUUUGAUCGAGAUCCCCCCUCUGCCCAAAGGCACCACAUACUUCUAUGCCCGCUUUAACAAAAUUGCUGCAGUCAAAGCAAAGGACUUUCUUAACCUGAAUCAGUUGAAACGAAUUGACCUAACAGGGAAUCAAAUCUCCGAGUUGGAUGAGGACACCUUCCGCACUCUCCCACAGCUCCAGGACCUAUUUUUAGCUGACAACAGAAUCCCGUCUCUGCCUGAGCUUCCAGCCACUAUGAGGCACAUCGAUGUUCGCAAUAACCAUCUGACGAGUGCCGGCAUGCACAGAGAAGGCUUUAAGGGAAGUAACUUGCAGUUCCUGUACCUGUCAGACAAUCAACUAGACUACGUUCCUGUCCCACUUCCUGAUAGUCUACGAGUGCUUCACCUGCAGAACAACAACAUCCAGAGCUUGAAUGAAGACACAUUCUGCAACAGUCACGACCUAAGCUAUGUACGCAAGGCUCUGGAAGACAUUAGAUUGGAUGGCAACCCAGUGGAUGUGAACCAGUAUGCUCAGGCUUAUGUCUGCCUGCCAAGAGUGCCUGUGGGAAACUCACACUGAGUAUUAGGAGGGCAUAUGGCUAUUCGAAUGGUUCUGCUUCAGUAGAUUCAGGUAUUAGGAGAGUCACUGUAUUAGAUAAUAUAGCACAUGUAAGUCUUGGCACUAACUGACCAAUCUUUUAUUCA